CCUACGGCGCCCGGCGAGACGUCGCGAACACGCGAAGUCUUUAAACUUCUGGAGCCCUUCGAGACGUCCAUCCACCCUCUGCAGUUCAGCGACGGCGUAAUCGAAAACAGAGUCGCUGUUGGGAGCGACGACACAGCCCUAGCUGCCUUUGCCCAGCUGGGUGCGCUGCGGCUCAAGGCUCAACGCUGUUUGAUCUCACUCUUGUCCAAGAGUGAAGAGUUCGUCCUUGCCGAGUCUACACGAACCCUGUCGCUACAAUCAGAUCUGGUUCACAACUCCCGAGAUGCUCUAUUCCUGGGAACUACACGCUUUCCUCGCGAAGAAGGCUUCUCCGCUACUGGCCUCAAGCAAUGGAUCACCACCAAAGACCGCCGCGAAGACCCCAAAGAAGAUGCAUAUUACUACACUGACGGCGUAAGCCCUCAUUGGCACAUCAUCAGCGACAUGCGACAGGAUCCUGCCUUGCAAAAGCUCAUGAUAGUCAAGGCUGCCGCUACCAUGAGGUUCUACGCUGCUGUACCCAUCCGAACAAGUAAUGGCCUGGUCAUUGGAUCUUAUGCUAUACUGGACGACCGCCCUCGCUUUGGAAUCAGCGCUGACGAAAUGGUGUUCAUGGAAGAUAUCGCCGACACCAUCACGGGCCACCUGGAAGCUAAACAUAUCGCUAUGCAGAGACAGCGUGGUGAUCGUCUGAUCAAGGGUUUGGCCCUCUUCAGUGAGGGCAAAGACAGUUUACGAGAUUGGUGGCUGGACACACACAGCAAGAAAGCCAGAGGUGAAGGGGCAAGACGUCGUCGCGGUUCCAUCGAGGAGGAAAAGGCCCAGAACGAUCGUGCUGAUGAAGAGUUGGGAAUGACAUAUAGAGCUGAUCAACUCCCCCAUGGUCGCACUCCAACGCCCACGCCCACCGAUUCCAAGGACAUCGAACCAGCUAGCCAAGCAUCGAAGUCCGCCUUGAAACCUGGCCAUAUGGCACAGGACAAACAUGAAGGCUUUGAUCUUGGCCGUGAGAUCAACACGGCCUUUGCUCGAAGCAGUAACCUCAUGCGCGAAGCUAUUAGUGCUGAAGGUGUUGCCUUCAUCGAUGCUGACUUCCAUCGCUCCAAAGAAUCCACCAAGAAUCAAGCAGCCUCAUCCACUGAGCCCGAUAGCGACGCUGCGACUGGCUCUUCAGGCUCAGAAGUAACAACGCCAAAAGAGGAAAAACCUCUUACACCCGAUGCUCAAUGCUCUCUUCUUGGUUUCUCCACCAAGGUCAAAUCUACCAUUCGUGGUUUCGAUCCUUCUGCAAGACACUCCAGUCUCCCAAAGACUUUCGUCCGCAGUCUCAUCCGUCGCUAUCCCAUGGGAAAGGUUUUCAAUUUCCAUGAUGGGAAAGCUCUUUCGAGUUCUUCUGGUACCGAUAUCUCCUCCGAUGAUGUCAGUGAGGACUCCAAGAAAAGCAGAUCUCGCAAGCGCCGCAGCCGUGAAUUCGUCGACGCUAUGACUCUAGGUGAAGUAUUCUCGGGACCUCGAAGUAUCGCCUUCUUGCCCUUGUGGGAUAGCAGACGAGAAAGAUGGCGGUCGGCUGUCUUUGUCUGGAAUGCUGCACCCAACAGAUUCCUAGACAGGGCCGAGGAUAUCACAUAUCUAGCAGCUUUCAGCAACAACCUGAUGGCCGAACUCUCACGUCUCGACGCUAUAGCCGCCGAUCAAGCCAAGGCCACAUUCAUCAGCUCUGUUUCGCACGAAUUGAGAUCUCCAUUGCAUGGAGUACUAGCGGGAGUAGAGCUUUUGCAAGAAAGUGAACUCACCAACUACCAACAGGAAAUGACGACUACCAUCAGUAUGGCUGGCAAGACGCUACUUGACACCAUCAACAACAUUCUUGACUUUACCAAGAUCAAUAGCUUCUCAGACUUAGAACGCAAAGAUCGAAAAGACAAGGACGCUAGUAGAAGUUCCGGUUUCAAGACUGCAGAUAUGGGCGAAGUCGGUGUUACGAGUGCAGUUGAUCUAGCUGUUCUGACCGAGAAUGUGGUGGAUACCACCGUCACAGCCAAGAGCUUCCAGGCAAGUAAAGCUCAGCAAGAAGAUGAAGACGAACUUGCCGCAAAGACACCAAAGCAAGUCGCGGUGGUAUUGAACAUUGCCAAGCGAUCGAAUUGGAACUUGAACAUAUCUCCAGGCUCCUGGACCAGAGUCAUCACCAAUCUUCUAGGCAAUUCCCUCAAGUAUACUAAACAGGGAACAAUCACUGUAAGUCUGCAGUGCAAGAAGUCAGACCAACCAGACAAGGCUCUUGUAUCCUUGACAGUUGAAGAUACUGGUCAGGGUAUCGGCAGCGAAUAUCUUCGAAACCACUUGUACACACCUUUCAUGCAGGAAAACACGCACGCCGUCGGCACUGGACUUGGGCUUUCAAUUGUCAAGCAGAUUAUCAAGGACUUUGGCGGUCACAUUGGAUUUGAGAGUGAGCUUGGAAGAGGCACCAAGGUGGUCGUUUCCUUCAAUGCCACUUUUGAAGAAGACAUGGAAUCCGAAUUUGACGUACCCAAGCGUCCCGAUGGGAGCAACCUCAAAGUUGCACUGUCAAAAUCUCUAGGCACGAUCGAUGGAGAACGAGCUCGCGACAAGACCAUCAAAACAAACACUAAAAAGACUUGCACGGAAUGGUUGGAUUGCGAGGUCGAAUCAGCGUCAGCUUCUGAUGACACAAACGCUUUCGAUGUCUGUAUUCUGGCCGAAGCAGAUUACGAGCACUGGCAAGAGAAAAGGAGAAACCCAAGGAGUCACUCACCGCCGCCCAUGAUUGUGCUAGGUUCAAUCUCAGCUUCGUCAGUUGUGAGACAGAGCGCGUCUAAGAACGCAAUCUUCAUCAAUCAACCAUUCGGCCCCAGGAAGAUGUCAAGAGCAUUGACAGCAGCGCUACAAAGUCGUAUAAAGUCACAAUCUGCCCCUGCAGAUCAAACUGUAGGCGCGGUCGCUUCCUCGCCAUCUGUGCUGCAUAUUCUUACCAAACCGACAAUUCUGAGCACGAACAUUGACCCUCCACCUACCUACACAGAAUCAAAGCCUGGUGCAUCUAAUCCUUCAACCCCAGUUUCGCCUCAGAAGAUUUCAUCCCCAGCAGCUAGCGAAGUCAUCAACGACAUGGAUCCAAACCUACGUAAGGUCUUGCUAGUGGAGGACAACUCGAUCAACAUGAAACUUCUCGUCGCGACCAUGCGCAAGUUGAAACGACCUUAUACCUGCGCAGGCAACGGCUUGGAAGCUGUGACUGCGUACGCAUCUGCACCUGCUUCCUACGCCUUGAUCCUAAUGGACAUCUCAAUGCCCGUGAUGGAUGGCUUCACAGCCACAGAGUUGAUACGCAAUCUCGAGCAAAAGAACAAAUGGGACCGCUGCACCGUCAUGGCCUUGACUGGUGUCGGCGAUGCAGAAGCAAAAAAACGCGCCUUCCUCGCAGGCGUCGACGACUUCAUGACCAAGCCCGUCAGCAUGGGAAAAUUAGGCAGCAUCAUCAAAAACCUCGAAGGAGAAGGAGAAAAGGAACAAGACAAG